CAUGUUUUGAUUUUAAAAGACUUAGAGAUUUUAUUUUGACAUUUUUAUAUUUUUUUUUACUUAUACCUAGGGAGAAAUCUUAUUAACUUUUAAUAAAAUAUAUCUAGAACUCUUGCAUUAAUUAUUGAAUAUAUUUAUUUUUAGAGUAACUUGAUUACUAAAAUUUGUCAUUUUUUUAAAAAAAUAAAUAAAAAAUACUCCGGUAAAAAAGAACUCGGGAAUAUAUAUUGGCAUCUGCGGCGUCAAAAUCUCUCCGUGUCAACAAGAACGACAAACAAACCAUGGCAGCUCUGCAAGUCUCUUCCUUUCUUCUUCUUCUUCUUCUUCUACUUCUCAUAUUCCAAUUAAACCCCCAUUCCUCCUCCGCCGUCUCCGUGUCCAUCCACGAUCUCCUCCGUUCGAACGGCCUGCCGGCCGGCCUCCUGCCGAAGCAGGUCAGCAACUACUCCCUGUCGGAGACGGGCCUUCUGGAAGUGUAUCUAGAAGGCCCCUGCCUCACCAAGUUCGACACCAUGGCUCUGUACGACAGCGUCGUCCGGGCCAACCUCACCCACGGCGGCCUCACCGGCGUCGAGGGCUUCUCCCAGGAGGAGCUCUUCGUCUGGCUCCCGGUGAAAGGCGUCGUCGUCGACGAUCCCUCCUCCGGCCUCAUCUUCAUCGACAUCGGCCUCGCCCACAAACAGCUCUCCCUCUCCCUCUUCGAAGAUCCGCCCGAUUGCUGCACCAAACUCGGUGUUUUGAAGAGGACAGACGACAGGGAGACAUCGUCGUUUGCCACUUCAUAAUGACUCAUCAUCAGUGUAACCAAACACCAUCACCCAUCAUCAUACCAUUCUAAUUAGUGUUUUGGGAUUAGGUUUAAUUUUUUUUUACUGCUUGUAGUAGAGUAAUUAAUUCAUUUGUUUAGUUAGAGCUGUAAAGAUUUUGCAGUUGUUUCAUAAUAUUAAGCCCCCGUUUCAUUUGAAAUUG